UUGGAGCAGGAAGGCUUUGCUCAAGUUUAGCAGCGUUAGCUUUCAUCGGAGCACUUGUUUUAAAUCCUGGCAUUUUUUUGUCUGAAGAUUCACGCCUGAUACGCCGAUGAUCGCUGGAUAACAUGGGGCCAUUCCACACUUCCGGCAUCACGGGAUUUCAGCACACUAUUAACAUGGACGGCAGGGACGAGUUCACCGAAGACAGUGAGUGCUGCGGCAACAGCUCCCAGGAAGUCCUCGGACAGGAGAGCGCCACAGAAGACAGCGAAAGCGACGCGGACUCCUCGUCCAACGCCUCGGCCGACGACCACAUGACUGCCAAGAGGGCGCCGUGCCGCCUGCGAGGAGCGGGAGUCAAAGAGGAGAACGAGGAAGGCUCCGACCACAGCAACAACUUCGUAUGUCCUCUGUGCACGCUGGACUUCAGCAGCCCUGAGAAGCUCAUCUCCCAUGUCUACCAGCACACGAGCCUGAUGAGCAGCAGCAAGAGCUACGUGUGUCCCGUAUGCGGGCGAGCGCUGAGUUCGCCCGGCUCUCUCGGGCGCCAUCUUCUCAUCCACUCGGAGGACCGCCUCUCCAACUGCGCCGUGUGCGGCGCACACUUCACCGACACCGACAACUUCCACAGGGAGAAGCUGAAGGAUGUCCUGGACACGACCAGGCUGGAUGUCUCGAGUGGAAGCGACACUUGUCCCCUGACCCACUCGCUCUCCAGCACUCCCAUGGGCAGUCCAGGACCGGGCCCUCAUUCCUGUCACGGGCCCGGACCCAGCCCCAGUGCCUGUCAGGGCCCUCAGUCAUGUCAAGUCCACGACCCCAGCGCCGGCCUAUGUCAAGCCCAUCGGACGUGCCACAUGUCCGGCCCGUGUCAAGGCCCCUCGAGCCAAGGACCUCCGUUUCCCUCCCUGCCCGACAGUCUGCUGUCCGAAGGGCCGUCGCUGGCGUCCAUCCCCGACGCCCUCACCUCCUCCUCCUCAGGUCUUCCUCCCAUCCCGGACAUCCUGAGUCCGAUGCCCGUGUAUCCCGCCGGCGUGCUUCUGGUGUGCAACAGCUGCGUGGCCUACCAGCAGCUGGUGGAGGUCCAGUCCCCCGUGCGCAAAUGGGCCCUUCGCCGCAAGAACGAGCCCUUGGAGUCCCGCCUGCACCGGCUGGAGCGCGAGCGAACGGCCAAGAAGAACAAGCGCGCCUGCGAGACUGACGAGGAGCGCGAGAUGCGGCGUCUGCGCGACCGCGAGGCCAAGCGCAUGCAGAGGAUGCAGGAGUCGGAGGACCAACGGGCGCGACGCCUGCAGCGGGACCGCGACGCCAUGCGCCUCAAGAGGGCCAACGAGACGCCCGAGAAGCGGCAGGCGCGGCUCGUCCGCGAGCGCGAGGCCAAGAGGGUCAAGCGGCGGCUGGAGAAGAUCGACCCCGCGUUGAGGACGCAGAUCGAGCACGACCCCGCCGCCAUGGCCGCGCUGACGGCCGACAUGAGCCUCUUUCAGUUCCCAUGCCCCGUGCCUGUCCCGCCCAUGGGCAACGGACUCUUCAUGAAGCUGCCCUAAGAAGACCACGCUCUCUAAUUCAGGGGUGUCCAAACUUUUUCUUCCAAGCGGCGCACACACAAAAAAAAAAAAGAAAUCAAAGGACACAAGGGCCACUUUGAAUUCACCUUUAAAGUCCCUCUAAAGUGCAAACAGAUAUUUCUUCUAAAUUUGGCACACUACAGAGACGUGUUGUUAACAAACCCUGCCAAAUGUGAAUGAUAAAAAAAUAAUCACGUAGUGCAAUAUAUAAAAUGUGGCUUCAAAAGCAUGUUUGCUGGAUUUAUGAAACCAAACUCUGCUGAAAAAUAGAUGCUACUUCGUCGAGAAACUUUGCCUAUGCCUACAUGUUUAAGUCAUGAAAAUGUAUCCACUCCUAUUAGCCACCAGCUAACUUGCGAGCUAAAAAAAAAAAUCCCCCAUCCUUGCUAUUUCACUUUUUUCAGUGACGUACGAGGACUCAUGGCCGACAAUGAGGCACUCUAAUGCUGCCACGCCAGCGAACUAUUCGAAGGGAAGAUGCAUUUUCGGGGUUUGGGCAUAGCUAUCUAACUAACUGAAUGUCGCAAUUCCACCAGCUAACCGCUAAUGACGACAAAGCCGCUCAAAUAAUUGGAUUGGCGACUCAUACCGGGGCCACGGUGUGCCGCUGGUUUUAGCCACACCCCAAAACAUGUGGAAAACAAAAAUGGUGAAAAACAGUUUAACGCUGUAUCUCCACAAUUCAGUACUACAUAGUUCUGUCUUUGCACAUUUAUCUUCAAACGUAUUUAGAAGCAAAUCUCUGAAUUCACUUUAGAGGGUCUAUUAUUUCAAACGCUAAAACUAAUCAAUCAGUGUAGACAAAGACCUGCGAAGCUAUAAUAUGUAUUUUAAAAAUGGUGACGGUGAAGCAAAAAAAAAAAUUUAAAAAAUCA